UUCCUCUCUUUCAUUCCAGAGAUUCCUCUGAAAAGCUGUCACCUUUCCAAAAUACCAAGCCUGCUUUCCAACCACCACCACCAGCAGCACCAACAACAACAACAAAAACAACAGCAGCAGUUGUGGCUGGGGCCAGCCAGAGAGCCCUCCUCAUCCUCACCUGACCUUCAUCACACACAAGAGGAGGGGGCAGAGACAAUCCCUCUCACUGCUGCCCAAAAGAGAAAGAAAAAAAUACAAGUCUUUCCCUACAAAGUGCUGACCAGGGUCUGUCUUUCUCUGCCCCCAAUCCUCAGCCCUUGCUCCUGGCUCCCAGAUACCCACCAUAAGUUGCCACAGAGUCCCUACAUUUCCACCCUGCACGUUUCCCCUCUGCUGGCAAGAAUUUGCUGAGUCCUCUUUAGUGGGGUGAGGCUUGGAGGAGCCUCUCCUUUCCCUCCUGUCCCAGCCAUGGACCCCAAUGGGUGGAGUGAAGCUGGCAGCCCAGCCGAGAGCACAGGGGACUUGGGAGACUCCAUGGAGAAGAGCCUAGACAACGACGCAGAAGGUGUAUGGAGUCCAGACAUAGAACAGAGCUUCCAGGAGGCGCUGGCUAUAUACCCACCAUGCGGGAGACGCAAAAUAAUUCUAUCUGAUGAAGGCAAGAUGUAUGGCCGCAAUGAAUUGAUAGCCAGAUACAUAAAACUACGGACAGGAAAGACGCGUACAAGAAAACAGGUAUCUAGCCACAUACAAGUUUUAGCACGGAGGAAGUCUCGAGAGAUCCAGUCCAAGUUGAAGGCUAUGAACAUGGAUCAGGUAGCAAAAGAUAAAGCUCUGCAGAGUAUGGCAGCAAUGUCUUCAGCACAGCUUAUAUCUGCAACAUCCAUUCAGAGUAAGCUGGUACCCAGUAUAUCACAGUCCCCAUUCCCACCCACUGCAGGGUCUCCAGACUUUUUCCAGUUCUGGCCUGGAGGAGCUGGCCAGCCCCGACCGACUCAGGACGUUAAGCCGUUUUCCCAGCCUCCAUAUCCCCUGCAGCCUGCUCCCCCUCCUCCUGCCGUACCAGGUUAUAAUGCAAGUCCUGCCAGCCUCUCCCCGUUACCAUCAGGGCCUGCAUGGCAAGGGCGUUCGAUUGGAACACCAAAACUGCGUCUUGUUGAGUUCUUGGCCUUUAUGGAGCAACAAGGAGAACCCGAUGCAUACAACAAACAUCUGUACGUACACAUCAGCCAGUCUAAUCCCUCCUAUAGUGAUGCCUUGUUAGAGUCUGUGGAUGUCCGUCAGAUUUAUGACAAGUUUCCAGAGAAGAAGGGAGGACUUAAAGAACUGUAUGAGAAGGGGCCACCCAACGCCUUCUUUUUGGUCAAGUUCUGGGCUGACCUCAAUACCAGCAUUCAGGAUGAACCAGGCGUGUUCUAUGGUGUAAGCAGCCAAUACGAGAGCCCUGAGAACAUGACCAUCACUUGUUCCUCCAAAGUAUGUUCCUUCGGAAAACAAGUGGUGGAGAAAGUAGAGACUGAAUAUGCCCGGUUUGAAAAUGGACGUUUUCUGUAUCGCAUCCAUCGCUCACCCAUGUGUGAAUAUCUCAUCAACUUCAUCCACAAAUUAAAGCAGCUUCCCGAAAAAUACAUGAUGAACAGCGUGUUAGAGAAUUUCACUAUACUACAGGUGGUUACAAAUCGAGACACCCAAGAACUGCUUCUCUGCAUAGCUUACGUAUUUGAAGUGUCCACCAGUGAGCAUGGCGCUCAGCAUCACAUCUAUAGACUGGUGAAAGACUGAGCAGUAAAGAACCCUUCCCCAUGACUCAGCCGUGUAGGACUUGGCUGUUUUCGGCAAACCUGGAGGCCUCUCCUGUUUUCCUCGAAUCUCUAAACACUUCCUGGGAGAGGAUACCUAGAAAGUGGGGAUGGGACCCUUAAAAGGAUGCAUGGACAUGAGGGGGAAGGGCCACAAAACCACAAAGACCUCACCCUAACAGAACCUUCUGUGUUAUGUUUUGAGCCAAAAGGAAUAUAUAUAAAUAUCUAUAUAUAUAUAUAUAUAUAUAAAUAUAUGUUUGUGUGUGAAACCGUUUCCAAACUGGGGAAACCAUGCAGAAGCCGCAGCUGUCAUAAGGUGUUUCAUUUUUAAUGUUUGUUUUUUCUUUCUUUAACAUUAUGUUGCUGCCAAGUGCAUCAGUACACGGUACGGCGCCAAUUUAACAAUAAGGAGAGGAAGACGGAGUGUGAUUGGAGACUAUCAACACUCGUCCUCUCAGUUUUUUUAUUGUUUUUUUUUUUUUUUAAAUCUAGCUUCUUGGACCCCACUGAAAUGCAACUUGCACUUUCUGUGGUCAAAACAUUGUAUCUAUAGUCACCAUAACAUUUUUUUUUUGCCCACUAAAGUUUUUUUUAAAUAAUAGGCUUACACAGUAUUUUAACCUGGUUCACUUUUCAAUCUCAUGAUGUGUGGCCAGUUCUAAGACUAAGAUAUAUUUAACAUAAGGCACUCACAGAAAGCAAAUUCUACUGUGUUGGAGGUUUUGGUCUUAUAUAUGUGAGAAUGUUAAACUAUCAUGGUGUAUGUAAUCUCCAUUAUGGGCUUGUGAAGAUAUUUGGAAGUCAGAAAGUGGUCUAUAAUGUGACUUAAGCAGUUCUUCUUGCCAAGCAAAUGCAUACUUUCUGUGAGUGGAAAACACCUGACUAAGCAUUAUCAUCUGGUCCCAGCCAAGUCUUGCUGAGCAAGAAUGAAACAUUGAUAAACAUUCAGCUUUUAUUUCCAAGUGCUUGUAUAAUACUCAAACUGGGGCUUCCCAUAAGUGUCAUUUUGGCACUUUUAACAAGAUACCCUAAAGAUAAUCAAUGAGAGACUUGCCAUGAAGAUGAAGCUGAAGACUUUGGGUAUUGAGCAGUUGGACUAUUGUAAAGUAUGACUACAAGAAAGAGAUGUAUAGUGACUCUCACCCUCGUCUCAUACAUUGAGUGCCUAAAUGAAAGUGGAAAAAAAGACAUAAAUAUAUAUAUUUUUUGUAUUGAAAAGCCAACACUUUUUCCUGAGUGGAUUUGAUAUUGUGCCAUGAAAAUAAUAAUGAAAUAUGUACUUAACUGCCAGCCCACAUCCUGAAAGUCCCCCGAAGCACUCCCGAAGAUGGCCACAAUGUGGGGCGGAGCAGUCCUUCUAAAAGUGGAAAAGAUUUGUCAUUUCAAACAUAUGUUGGGUGUUAUUAAGAAGUGAUGGGAGCAAUAUUUACAUUUAUUUUGCUUGCCAAUGAUAGAAAGGAGGGGUGUGUUGUUGAGUGUUUGACAUAUCUUCUCCAAAAAAUAAGCAAAGAAUUGGGGCAUUUAAGGUCCAAAAAGGGCGUUUAUUAGUACUAAGAGUAAUAUGAGACCUCUAGAUGGUCCCGAAGACCUAACAUGAUGUGCUUGUGUAUGCCACUACUGUCAAAUGCAUUAACUUUAACAAAUGUACUUGAUACUUAGGAGGUAAAAUAGACAUGUACAGCUUUAGGUCACCUUUUAAUUAUUUUGCUGUUGGGGUAGAAUGCUGAAUCUCCAGCUACCCCAUCCCCCAGUCCACCCUCACCAACCUGCAGCAGAUUGGUCAAACCAAAGAAAUACCUACUAUGCGGAUCUACUGACCUUCUCUUCACUCCUGUCUUCAUUUGUCUUAUUUGUGGACAUUUCUAAAGCUAUUUUUUGUUUUCAGCAGUGAAGAUUGAAUGAACACAGAAUUUAAAGCAUUUUAGUUUGGUUACAAAUUUGUUUUGUUGAAGUGCCACUAUUGUCUACAACUCUAGCUCUAACUGAAGGACAUUUUUUCAUCCCCUGCCAGAGUCCUUCUCGCUUUGUUUGUGGAUUCUACCUAUUUAUUGGGUUUAAAUCAAAUGGGGAGUUUACAGAAAGAAACAUAACUGGUUAUGGUUAAUUUGGAAGCUCAUAUGGGAACAAAUAUUUCAUAGCUCUAUGAGAUACAUCAGAAGUACAACAUUGAGCACUUUUAGGUGUUCAUAGUAAUUAAUUAAGAUCCUGGUUUUAUUUAUCAACACACAUAAUACAAUUUGCCUUAUCUAUGUCCUGUACCAUUUGUCUGUAAUCACCAUAUCAGUAUACAUGGUUUAUUUAGCAAAAUAUUUAACCAUCAAGUAGAUGUUCCCUUGCAUCUCCCUUUACCAUUAAUAUUGUCUCUAAUUAAAUCUAUGAAUGGGACUGGGUGUGGUUUCUGUGAACAGGCGUGAGCUCGGCAAGUAAUCCUGUACAUUUAAAGCGGCAUUAAUUUAAUAGGAAAAAAUAAGGAUGAUUUUUCCUUUUAACUUAAUGCCAUAUGAAAUCUAUAGAAUAAGUUACUGAGAUCAUGUUGGUUCACGGAAAUCACACCGUUACAUGUACCCUAUUGUGUUAAAAAAAUGCUUAUAUAAAAUGUCAGUGCCAUGUUUAAAUAUAAGAUAUUUGAAUUUAAUUGCACUAUGUUAGCUAACAGUGCAGCAGUGGUGUUCAGAAGGCUUGGAUGACUUCAUGUUGUGUCAUUAAAGAGCUUUUCAGUAGAGCUUUUUGACCUGUGCUCAGAAGAAGUCUUUAAUACCAGGUAAUUAGUCUUUCCCCAUUGGAGCAAAUCCUACUUCAAGUAUCUUAAGUUUUGACAGGUUCAUGCAUAUUUGUAGCUUUUAUACCAGUAGACAAUAUCCCUUCUGUUUUUGGUUACCCGUUCAUGUGCUAUGCUUUUACUUGUUCUCUGCCAUUAAAGUUUGCUUAUUGCUGAUGCUCUAGUGAAGUUUUAGCAAUAAGGGAGUCUUUAUGGGAUGUAUAGGAAGUGGUGUCCCUUCCACAAAUACUACAAUCACAUCAUACGUUUGAGGGAACAGUCAACACAUCAACGCUUAUUUUUUUUUUUUUUUUUUUUAUAGUGGAACUGAAUUAAUUUAGCAGAUUCUCUACAAAGUAUGAAUCAGUCAGUUGAGAGACUAGUGAAGGUAACCAAAUACAUUUUGUGAAUCAAACUUGCCAUAUGUUUCCUCCAUUGCUCAGCGCAACAAGCACAUUUUCAUAGUUAUUUGUUCUGAUUUUUUUUUUUUUUUUUUUGAGGGAGCCCAUUGUACACAGGACAAAACAAAAACAGUGGAAUUUAAUGUAUACCCAUGUUUGUAUUGUGAACAAAACUUUCUUAGUAUAUAAAAUUAUUUUACAAGAAAA